AUGUCUUUACCGAGUCGAGAUGAAGAGUUUUUGGAAAGCUUGAAUUUGGCAAGCUCAGGGCUGACAAAUGAGUCAUUGGCCACUGCAGCAGAGAAAGAAUUGGCCCAAUUACAAAUACAAAAACAAGAACAAAUGAUUCGACAAAAUCAACAGUUUCUUUUACAAUUGUUCCAGGAUAAUGCAAGCCAACCUAUCAAGGUGCACAAUGUACAGAUCACCAAUGGCGAGCAAUUUCGUGAUAGUUUUAUCCGGGCGCAGUUUAGACCUUUGCUUGCGGGGAAUAUAGUCAGUUUUGAGAGUUAUCUCAAAACUGUUGAUAACAUUGUAAAAAAUUUCGUGAAAUUGGGCAUUGUUGAAAAUAUACUAUGUAACACUCAUAAGGUUACUGCGCCUAUAUCCAGUGGUGGCUUUCUUUUCACAAGAGGGUUUUCAAGUGGACGUAAUGGAAGUGCUGGUGCUGGUGCUGGUGCCGGUGCCAUUAGCGUUGUGCCUAUUUUCAACACAUUACCGGUGAAGCGGUUUUUCGCUAAAACAGGAACGAACAUAGGUAACGGAGAAGGAGAUGGGUAUAUCCAAUUCCAAUUGCGCAAUAUUUUUGGUGGUGGUGAGAAUCUAGUGUUUGACGCUGUUACGGGGACAAAAACCCAUAGUUCCUAUUUAGUCAAUUAUAAUCAACCGCUAUUUAACAAUUGUAAUUAUAUAUGGGAGAAUCAAUUUAGUAUAAAUUCUAGAAAAUUGGAUUGGAUUCAAAGCGAUGUGAUGUCAAAGACUAUUGUCAAUAAAAUAUAUACUCAGUUCCAUGAUACAGAGUUGAAUCAUGAAAUUGUGUUGGAAAAUUCAUUGCGCACUUUGAGUAAUUAUGGAUCCAAGAGUUUUGAAGUUAUGCAACAAGGUGGACAAAGUAUCAAAUCGUCAAUCGGUUAUAAUCUCAUCUAUGAUAGUAGGGAUAACAAACAUUUGCCAUUUUCAGGUAAAUAUUUUCAAUGGGGGGUAGAGUAUAAUGGGUUGUUUAAAUUUAACAAGUUCCCGUUUUUGAAAACGGCUACUCAAAUUCAACAUUCAUGGGGUAUACCGUUUUUGAACUCGCAUAUAUUGACCAGCACAAGAUUCGGUUUGUUGUAUCCAUUAACCAAGAAAUCGUCAUCCUCGUCAUUUUCAUCAUUUUCUUCGGUAUUGGAUAGAUUCUACAUAGGAGGACCUAACGAUGUUAGAUCCUUCCUGUUGAAUGGGCUUGGUCCAAGAGACCAGAACUCAUUCAUUGGAGGUGACUUAUUCUUAAAUGGUGGCGUUUCCCUCAUUACAAAUGUACCAAGAUACAAAGACUCAAAUUUCAAGUUUCAUAAUUUUUUAAAUUGUGGUAGAAUAGUUUCCCUCGAUAGGAAUAGCUCCUUUAUUGAUAAUUUCAAAGAGUUGACGCACUCGUAUUGUUUGAGUUAUGGAUUCGGUAUUUUGUAUAACCAUCCAAUGGCCAGAUUUGAACUAAACUUUGUUCUACCGCUAGUCGCCAAUGAGAGGGAUUCAAUUAGAAAAGGGAUCCAAUAUGGAAUAGGUGUAUCAUUUUUGUAG